UCAACUUUGUGCCGCUCGAGCGUACGUAUAUAGUUCCCUCUCAUCAGUAUCAGUAUCAGUAAAAGUAACAGUAUCAGUUCCUUCGCGAGUACCUUCAAAAAAGAUACAAAUCGAUCUAACCAUCCUACGGUCGCACUCACAAGCAUUCGAUCGAACGAAAAUCAGCUAAAGAAAACGGUUAACUACUCGAUUUCGAACUCGAAGAUCGCGUAACUCCAGUGUUUUCCCAUUGGAUAAGGUGUUUGCCUUAAAGUGCGCCAUAAACCAAAAAGUCGCCGGAGAGUAAAAAAUAAAUAACGCCCACCGCGACACCACCUACUGGUCACCCGUGACAAAAAAAAAGGGGAGGAGAGGUGAAAUCACAGAGCGGCGAUACGGGCCAAAAAGAUAAAGCCGGCAGGAGGAAGAGGAAGCGACGUUGCCGCUUUUCACCGACCAAUCAGCCAAAAAGGCAGCAAUUAACCGGCGGGUGUUAUCUGUGAGAUAGCGAUUAGAGGUAGAGUGUGGAGCGUAGUGCCCGAGAAAAACCCAUUGAGUGGAAAACCCCCGAGCCGAGAGAGAGCACCGUUGAGAGGGCUGCGAAAAGCGGGAGUGGAGCCCACGGAAAUCCCCAUCUGCCGAGAGCGGGAGCACCCAACUGGGAGAGCCCCUGAGAACCGUACCGUCGUCGUCGUACCGCCGCCGCACUUGGAGCACUUGGAGCACCCACUCAACCCCGAGCACUCAACUGCAGAGCAGAAGUACACAUAUCGCCUGUCAAAAUGUUUGCUGUAAUGCGAAUCGACAACGAUGACUGCCGGUCCGAUUUCCGCCGCAAGAUGCGUCCGAAGUGCGAGUUCAUUUGCAAGUACUGCCAGCGGCGAUUCACCAAGCCGUACAACCUGAUGAUCCACGAGCGCACCCACAAGUCCCCCGAGAUCACCUACUCGUGCGAGGUGUGCGGCAAGUACUUCAAGCAGCGCGACAACCUGCGCCAGCACAGAUGUAGUCAGUGUGUUUGGCGAUAAGCUAAAAUACCAUAUAAACAUAUAUAUAAAUAUAUAUAAAAAACACACACAGAGCAAUAUAUAAAGUAAAACCGAUAUCUAAGCACCGCAGCACCAACAACAGCACGCAAUAUCACAGCUAUAUCUUACACACACAUAAUGAAUGAAUGGGAUCUGAUGAGGCAACUGCAACACACCCCGCCUACUUCUUCAUGCACCACUCUUUAAAUAUAUAUAUAUAUAAAACCUGCAGCACCAGCAACUGCAAUAUUGCUUAAACUACUAGAUGCAAUCUACAGCCACGACAAGCGAUUAUAGUGAAUGGAAUGCUAAGUUCAGGUGUUGGUUUUCAAUCUAUUCGGUUAUCUGGUCUAUACAAUGCACUUGCCACGCCCCCAUCAUCAGCAGAAAAAAAGAUAUCCACAUGUUGCGCAGGCGCAGCACAACAGCAACAGUUGCAACAGCAGCCACCAUAUUUUCAAUAAUAUUUACAGAAAUCUACACAUGGACACUUGUGGGCGUGGCUGCUACGGAAAGUGAAGAACAUGCAACCGCAAAACAACCAGCAACUUGCAACAUCCAACAAUGGAGGGCUGGCAAGAUCCUAAAAUGCAGUGAAUUUCAGAGUUGCAGAUAGAAAAUAAUCAAGUGCAGCGUCUAAAAAAGAAAAAACUGAGAAAACCCUCUAUUUGCAAUCGACAGCAACAUGCAACAUGGUGAAAUUUCCUUUCCAACAGCAACACAUGCCACGCAACAUCAAGAAAAUAACAAUAUACCAGCCUGCAGGAACAUAUCAGCAUUCCCGCCUGCAACAACCUACCAGCAAUAGCAGAACACCAACUGACAUCCCAGGAGAACUCAGUAAAACGCCCAACAAUCCACAUGCAACACAACAGCAACAUGUUGCUGCUGGCUUUCUCACAUGUGUUGCUCGUGUUGCCGGUGAAAGUGCAAUUAAGCCAAAGCUUCUUGUGCUUUUAAGUAUGCAGGCAACAACAGCAACACGCAGAGCGACACACCAG